GGCCGCGGCUCGAGCAAGACAGAGACGCGCGCGAGUCUACGCGGACACUCUGAAUUACCGCUGCUCGAUUUUGUUUUGAGGCGCACAGUCGCCAGCGCUCCACGGGCGGCGCACGCGUCUCCGCGCCAUGACCGUCUCGCAUUUCGAUACGUGUCGUGCCUCGUCGCGCUCGCACCGAUAACAUCGCGAAUCCGAUAUUUAGGCCGGUGAUAGCGAUAGGGUUCGAUUUUAAAUCGCGCCACGGCCCGACCGCGCGGCCAUGUGAUCGCUCCCUGCCGAUGGGAGCGAAACGCGAACAAAAAAGCCGCCCGCUAAUGUCUACCCCUCCCGGCCGCUACAAAAAAGGGAUAAAAAGACUAUUCCUGGAAUGCACACAUGUGGACCGGGUAAACGUGGGUGCUUCUAUUGAUCCGCAGUUCUGUCACGAUGGCCCGGAGGAGCAAGUGGAUGCAUUUGGUGGCGGGCGUUGUCGCCGGAGUUACGCUCGGGAUUUUUCUGAAGUUGUGCUUAAGGCCCUCGUCUAGGACUUCGAUCGAGGCCUGCCCGCAGUCGGCCAAGUCGUACGUGGCGCCCGACCCCCUGGCCUUGAUCGGUUUGAAACAGGAUGAAACAGUGCAAAAUUCGAACAGGACUUUAGUGUUCGUCGGUGUUAUGACAGCCGAGCAAUACUUGGACACGAGAGCGAAGGCUGUGUAUGAAACGUGGGCGCAGGACCUGCCGGGGCGGAUCGCGUUCUUCAGCUCGGAGGUGUCGCGCGCGCCCGGCCUGCCGCUGGUGCCGCUGCGCAACGUGGACGACAGCUAUCCGCCGCAGAAGAAGUCGUUCCUGAUGCUCCUGUACAUGUACGAGAAGUAUGGCGACAGAUUUGAGUGGUUUAUGCGUGCUGAUGAUGACGUUUACGUAAGAGGUGAUAAGUUAGCGGAGUUUCUGCGUUCGGUGGACAGUCGGAAGCCCCAAUUCAUUGGGCAAGCUGGACGUGGAACUACGGCCGAGAGGGAUGCUUUGGCUUUGGACUACAAUGAGAACUUUUGUAUGGGUGGUCCGGGAGUGCUGUUUUCGCGUGAGACGUUGAGGAGGGUGGCUCCCCACGUGAAGUACUGCCUGAAGCACCUGUACACCACUCAUGAAGACGUGGAGCUGGGAAGAUGCGUCGCGAAAUUUGCUGGAGUGUCCUGCACAUGGAGUUACGAUAUGCAAAUGAUCCUGCACCACAACAGCAGCGGUUCUGCGGCAUACACCGGCCGGCUCAAGAAGCGGGAGGUGCACCGGGCCAUCACGCUCCACCCGGUCAAGGACCACCGCCAGAUGUACCGGGUCCACUCUUAUUUCAAGAACCUUCGCAUCCAAGAGCUUCGAGAGCGUUCCUUAGACCUCCACCGGGACAUCGCGUCUGCGAUGCAUGAGCUUCAGGUGCCUUCGGACCAGGUGGCCGACUACGAGCUGGCCGAGGGCGUGCCCCUGUUCCCUGCCAAGAUCGGGGAGCCAGGGUACUUGGGAGAUAACGAGAUCUUGGGAGCGCCAAUCGACCUCAACCGGUACAAGCCCAGCAACGUCGACGACAUCGUGACGUGGGAUUACAUCAGCAAGUCCAUCUACUCCGUCAGCCACUCCAACCCGAAGCGGAGGAUCGAGACGCCUUUGAAGGAGGCCCUUGAUGACGUCAUUCGAGAAGUGAUGGAGAUAAUAAACGCUCCGUCCCGCCAGCGGGGCCGGGUCAUCGACCUCAACGAGCUGCUGUACGGCUACACGCGGCUGCAGCCGCUGCACGGCGUCGACCACGUGCUGGACCUGCUGCUGAAGUACCGGCGCUACCGCGGCAAGAAGAUGACGGCCGCCGUCCGCCGCCACGCGUACCUGCAGCAGUCGUUCACCGGGAUGGAAAUCAGAGAACUGCCAAUGGGAGAUCCACCACCGUUUGAAGAUCCAGCCAUAUUGGGCAAACGUGAUGGAAAAGCCUAUCCAAACGACUACGAGGACUUCGACGAGUCUAGUCAGCAACAGAACAGUUUCCUGGAUUUUGGGAAACUUAACGUAAGAGAAGCUCUCGAAAACGGUCUGAUGAAAUUACAAAACAAUCUCCCGAAUGUUCUGAAAUGGAGUGAGGCAGAAUUUGAAUAUCCAAUAUAUGACAGGAGGAUACACUUUAUCCUCCCUCUUGCUGGAAGGCAAGAAAUUUUCGGGAGGUUCAUGAAGAAUUACGAGGAUAUCGUCCUUAAAAGCGACGAGGCUGUGACACUCAUAGUCGUAUUAUAUUUAGACGUUAAAAGCCCAUUAGACUACAGUCAUGCUGAGGCACUGAUUAAUCAUUACAAUGAUGUUUACGGGAAAGAUAUUAAAGCGGUUCUUAUGGGCUCAACUACUUUCUCCAGGGGUGCCGCGUUAACCGAAGGCCUAAAAGAGUGCUCAAACGAUGAUCUAGUGUUCUUCAUAGAUGUGGACAUGAUGUUCAACUACGAAACUCUUCGAAGAAUAAGGAUAAACACGAUCAAAUACAACCAAGUUUACUUUCCGAUAGUGUUCAGUGAGUACAAUCCCGAAGUCGUUAACGGCGAGGACUACAACAAAUUUAAGUUCGAAAGUGUCUCGACGAACACUAAUUUAGGUAGAUACGAAAUUAGUUCUGAGAAUGACAAAUCAGAUAGGGAAAUAGCAAAUUUGAAAUACAGCAAGGUGAUCGAUGACGAUUAUGGGUACUUCAGACAGUAUGGGUUCGGUAUUCUUAGUAUUUACAAGUGUGAUUUCGAGAGGGUCGGUGGUUUCGAUUUGAGCAUCAAAGGGUGGGGUUUGGAGGACGUGCAUCUGUUCGAGACGUUGAUCAAGUCGAACUUGACGGUGUACAGGGUGGCUGAUAACAGUUUGGUGCAUAUUUUCCACUCAGUGGACUGUGAUAAGAAUUUGGAGAAGAGUCAGUUUUUGAUGUGUCUGGGGACGAAAGCGUCGACGUACGGCAGCCAGAAGCACAUGACGUAUUACAUGCUCAACCACCCCGAGUUGCUGUGGCCGCAAGAGAAAGGUGCUAGCUAGUACAGGGUUCUAUUUAGGAUAUUAAAUUGAAUUUUACGAGGAGAUUUUUAUAUUCACGACAAUCCUUGACAAUACAUAUCAUGUUGUUGAAGAAAGAUUAUUUUGAGUAAACUUAGGCAGGCGUAUUUUAUAUUUUUGUACAAAUUUUGAUGUAAAGAAAACGUUAAGUUAGUAGCUCUCUUGAUGUUAUAGUUAUUUUAAUAGACUAUUUUAUGCGAUGUUGCUUCAAAAAUGUCUUUCUUCCGACAAACGAAUAUUAAUCUUUGUUAUACAUAUUUAAUUUAAGUAUAAUAAUUUCAAUUUACCUUCAUCAAAUUCGGUUUGAUACUGGUUUUAUGAUUUUGAAUGCAUAAUGUUAAAAUUUUAAUUUUAUCCACUAGGUGCUUAUUGAGUUUCAAGAAUGUAAGAUAAGCGAAUGAUUUAGCAUUUACAAUAAUUAUAUUAAAUUUAUUGUUUGUUAUUAUUAAUUAAUAAUAAUCAAUUUGUUCCUAAUAAAUCGUCAUGCGAUUGAAAACUAAAGUUUGAUCCGUGAACAUAGUCAAUACGUAAAUAGUGAAGGUAAGUUUUGUGUAAAAUAAUUUCGGAUCAAAUAGAUAUAGAUAACAUUCAUGAAUUCGUCUCGAUUACAGAAUGAUUUUGUAGUUUUUUUUUUCACUUUUUAAUUAUUUUAUUAUUUUUACCAUUAUGAACUGCCAAAUUGUAAUCUAAAAUGUACUAAACGGUCUCGAAGUUAUGGUAGUACCAAAAACAACUCUUUGCGUGUAGUAAUGGGUACAGUGUGAUUGGAAAGAGACAAAAUAAGAAUAACUCCAUAUGUAAUUGACUGAACAAAUUGAAAUGCUUUAACAGUAUCAUUGACAACUUGCUAAAUUAUGCCGUAAAACUAAUUGGUUUUAGAAAUUUCAUUCACGUACGUUUGGAACUGAUAAAUUUAACAAUAGAUGUACAUCAAUUAUACCAGUGUUUCCGUUAUUUAUUAUAGGACAAAUAUUAUAAUACUCUGUAUAAUAAGAGGAUCCGUAGGUUGUGAAUUGAGCGCAUAUUCUAGUUUUAGGCGAUCACUUAAAAUGGCCAUUUACUUAUCAGCUGUUUGUUCAAGUUUUAUGUAAAUUAAUUCCACUGUCUUCAGGCACGGGUUGAUUUUUUAAUGAACUUUAAAUACAAGUUGUUCAUUACUUGUUUUUACAUUUACCGAAAAGAGAUGAUAAGAUGAGAGAUUCUGGAUUUAAGUUUUUAAUAUUUUAUAGUUACUUUUGAAACUAUUGUGUGAGUAGAAUGAAGAUAUUCAGUAUUUUAAAUCAUGAUUCGUCUUCCUGUACAAUAAAAGAAAAAAGGAUAACAAUUUUAUGAACCAUCCCGACACAGUACCUAUAGUCUGGUCUGCAAGCACGUAGAAUUUUGUCCAAUGACCCCAAGCUACACAUCCUUAUCGCUCGCACGUAAUUAUUUUGCUGUCGCGCUCGCACACUGACUGCGAGCGCCCGUCGCACACACACAGACGCACACAGACAGGGUAACAACUGUAAGAUUAUUGUGAAGAAAAUCCCUACCAAACGAAGGUAAUCUAAUAACGGUACUUUGCUAAAUAUCUACUGACUAUUUCUAAGCUUUGUCUAUUCCACUAAAAUAAAUUCCAUUUUUAGUAGUCUCUCGAUUUAGUGUAUUAUUUAUUUACGUUUUCAAGUAUUGUAGUAAACUGUCAAGUUCUGACAAAAAUAUCUUACUUUUAUUUUCUUUUAAGUCUUGAUACGAACCAAAAUACCUUUUUGUCAUAAUAUGUAACGUUAAGUUUAUGACACUCAAACGUGCACCUUAUUUAAUAUGCUUUUUAUUUUAAACAUAUUUACACUAUGCUGUAAAUAUUUAUUUGUAACUAAGUAGAUAAGGUCCGCUAAUACAAAACAAUAGUUAGAAAUCUUAAAUUCUGUCCUGUAACAAUGACAGUCCGUAGUUUCUUUGUUUUUCUUAUUUUUUAUCUAUUGACAGCAUUUCUUUAUCUUUUUAUAUGUUUAUUAUUUUAUUUUAAAAGCAAAGGGUUACUUCGGUGUACGUUUGACUGGACUCUGUAAAUAAGUUGUAAAUUAUUGUAAUGUGCUCACUAAGUGCCAAUCUAGAGAUAAGUAGAUAAUUAAUUGUACACAAUUUUACUGUUUGUGUCCAUAUUACGUUUUUUACUGUACGAAAUUACGGCAUUGUGAUUUGAAAGUGAUGAAAUGAAUGAAAUUAAAUAUAUUUUUGGCAAGAUUUA